AGGCUUAUAAGUCUAAUUUUCCCUCAUUUCCAUCCACAAAGCUCACCAGAACCCUAGCCCCACUCUCCUCUGCUUGACAAAAUGCCGCCAAAGUUCGAUCCCUCUCAGGUGGUCGAAGUUUUCGUCCGAGUCACCGGAGGUGAAGUCGGAGCAGCGAGUUCACUCGCUCCAAAAAUCGGUCCACUUGGUCUGUCCCCUAAGAAAAUCGGAGAAGACAUCGCAAAGGAAACCGCGAAGGACUGGAAGGGUCUCCGAGUCACCGUGAAACUUACCGUUCAGAACCGUCAAGCUAAAGUCUCCGUCGUACCGUCCGCCGCGGCACUCGUCAUCAAGGCGUUGAAGGAGCCGGAGAGAGAUCGCAAAAAGACUAAGAAUAUCAAGCACAACGGUAAUAUAUCGCUUGAUGAUGUGAUUGAGAUUGCUAAAGUGAUGAAGCCUAGAUCUAUGGCUAAGGAUUUGACUGGAACUGUGAAGGAGAUUUUGGGGACGUGUGUUUCUGUUGGCUGUACUGUUGAUGGAAAGGAUCCUAAGGAUUUGCAGCAGGAGAUUGAUGAUGGUGAUGUCGAAAUUCCUCUUGAUUAAGGAGGUUAAAUUCUGAAAUUCUCGCGAUAUAGUAGUUUUAAAAUUUGAAUUUGUAUCGUUUUGGAUUUUCAGAGAGAUUUUAUCAGAGGAUAAUUUUGAUUUGAUAUCAUAUCAUGAUGAGAAUACUCUCUUUGGAAAUUUUUUGGAAAAGAAUGUUGGUUUUUAUUUGGCAUUAUUAUAAGAUUUUGGAUGAUUGUCAUA